CGGGACUUCCGGUCGAGCGCACCCGGAAGAUUCGGAUGCAGCUUUUUGGUGGCCGACCGCGCGUCCAUACGUCCAUUGCUCUGGACGUUUUCAUGUGAUUUCGGGCGCCUUUUUUCCUUCCUAACCCCGUAGUAUUCGCAACCAUGUUGUCUCUAGACUUUCUGGACGACGUGCGUCGCAUGAACAAGCGGCAGCUCUAUUACCAGGUGCUGAACUUUGGUAUGAUCGUGUCCUCUGCGCUGAUGAUCUGGAAGGGACUGAUGGUGGUCACUGGCAGCGAGAGUCCCAUUGUUGUCGUGCUCAGUGGGAGUAUGGAACCAGCGUUCCACAGAGGAGACCUGCUGUUUCUGACCAACCGGGUAGAAGAUCCCAUCAGAGUCGGAGAGAUUGUUGUCUUCAGGAUAGAAGGCAGAGAGAUCCCAAUAGUACACAGAGUACUAAAGAUCCAUGAAAAGGAAAAUGGAGACAUUAAGUUCUUAACUAAAGGGGACAACAAUGCAGUGGAUGACAGAGGCCUGUACAAGCAGGGCCAACACUGGCUGGAGAAAAAAGAUGUGGUGGGACGAGCUAGGGGGUUUGUGCCAUACAUUGGAAUUGUCACCAUUCUCAUGAAUGAUUAUCCCAAGUUCAAGUAUGCUGUCCUCUUCAUGCUGGGACUCUUCGUGUUGGUCCACCGGGAGUGAGGGACCUAGACCUCAGGACUCGAGAAAGAUAAACUACGUCCAGGAAACCUCAGUCAUGCCUUUCAAAACAGAAUUCAGUUCAGACUUUGUCAAACCCAACUGGCUUUUUUGUACCAUUUGCUUGAACAUUUUGUAGAAAUGUGGAUAGGGUGUUUACAUUUGAAAAGGCCAAGCUUUAAAAAUAUUUUUGUGAGGGAACUAGGCUAUGUUUAGUUUGAAGUCGAUCUUUAUUUGUAAUCCUCAGAAUGUGAAGCAGCAUUCUUAAAGAUUAAUUAAGUCUCGUUUCUUUCCUGUCGAAUCAUUGUGUUUGGAAAAAAAAAUUAUGUGAAGUAUUUUAUGAGAACUGAAUUUGAAUGAUAUUAAAUAUGGAAUCUGGUUACCAUCCACAAUGGAUUAUUUCAA